UAUGGCUUCAACAUACCGCAGUAAUAUCUCCAGUCACUUUAAUCCAAUGCCGUCCACCUCACGCUAACGAGCCUACAGGAAUGGAUGCCAACAACCAACCAACCAACCAACCAACCAACCAACCAAUUAAUCAACCAAUCCAUUGGUACAAGAAAGACGUAUAGCUUCGAGGAACGAGAAAUUUUAAUAACUUUGAUAAACAAAUACGAAGAUAUUGAAGAUAGAAAAUCCGAUCCAAUAUCAAUGUGUAAAAGAAAAUCAGCUUGGACACAAUUAGCUGAAGAAUAUAAUUCUAUGGUCGGUCCACAAAGUGCACGUUCAGCUGUACAGCUAAGACGUUGUUGGGAAAAUAUGAAAGCUUGUAAAAGAAAUCGCGAGGAGAAAAAAACGCGAAACAAUUCAAAAAGUUUUUGUCAAUUGUCAAAGGAUUUUACACAAUCAUCGAUUUCUUCUUGGGAAAAUGGAAAUGUUUAUGAGAAACAGAGACCGGAAGUACCACCGACUAGCGGAAAUGGUUGCUUACCGCCUAACGUAGUCUUUGAACCAAAAGAUUCCGAACCUUUUACAUUGCAAAGUGUAUGCUCAUCGAAGCUUGCAAACAUAAAUUUAAAAAAGGAACCUGACAAUACUUCCAACGAGUCUAAUGGUAAUACAUCGAAACAUAUUUCUGGAUUACAAGAUACAAUUGGUGGUAAACAAACAGGUUGUAUAAUUACGUCACAGGGAACAAUGUUGACUGAUUGUAGAGGAACGAACGAUCUAUCGAUCAUCGAUCAUAGAUCAACGGACGAGGAAGAAUCAAUGGAACCUAGUCAAUUGGCUUAUAGAUCAAAUACGACUCAAAGCUUCGUUGUUUCUUCUCCUUCGCGGAUAAACGAUUCUCAUAAUCAUCGUAAGACGAAAAGAUCUUUACAAAAGGAAGAUGAAUUGCAACUUCUUGCACUCUCAGAGGCUCAGAUUAAGGUCGACGUAGCAGCGAUGUUGAAGGAGGAGGCUAGAAUCAAACUGGAGGAGGCUCAUUAUCGUAAAGAAGAAGCUAGGCUUAGGAUGCUUUUCUUUACUUACAAGCUUGAGAGGAUAAAGGAAGAUUGAAAAGAUAUCAUUUCAACGUCGUUCUUUUUUUUUUUUUCUUUUCUCCUCUUUCCUUUCUCUCUCUCUCUCUCUCUCUCU